CUCUCUCUCUCUCUCUCUCUCUCCACUCCCGUGCAUCACAACCUAGGGGGGCUUUACCCGGACUGCACCGCAUUGACGCUGCUGCUGCUGCCAGCCGACCCAACCCACCAAACUAAUGCACUGACAUACAGAGCGAGAAGCAGACGGUCUCUCUAGCUGCCGUUACCCACAGCUGGAACCUGGAUGAGGUGCGGAUUGUGUGCGUGGACAUGCAGCGAUACCCUCUCCACCUCUCGUUGCUUCUUUCUCUCUGGAUCGGGACUCUGAUUCGCUGUCCUGCUCGGUAAUGUCAAGACUUUGGAAACGGGAGUGACCCCUGGGAGUGAGGCGGCUAUUUGGAGAUUACUGCAUAGUGGCAAGACAAGGCGUCGGGAUAUAACUUACAAGUUUGCAGAGCUCACCUAAUGAAUGGAGCUGUAUUCCUUGAAACCGUGAGCUCCCCACUGUGCCGUUUCCAACAUGGGUGUUGACUGAAUGGAGGAGUAUAUUCCCCGCGGUGCCACAGAGGUAUGAAGAUGCAUUUGUGAGAAUUAAAUCUGCGCUCAACCAUUCCUGGACCAUGCAGAUUCUGCCGCCUCGGGCGUUAUUUGUGUUGUUAGCCCACGCGCACGUAUUGUUAUCUCUGAGAAACAAUGGAGAAGUACGAGCUAAAGAGGACAGCAAAGCCAGCGCAUACUCUGCGAGGACUUUCCACGGGUCUCCACGGGAGAGCCGUCAAAACAAAGCCUGGGACCGCGCGCUCUCGUCGGGGCACGCCACAGGUGCGUCCUCGGCGGAGCGGCAGGCGCAACGGGCAAUUAUGCGAGGGCCCCUUAACUCCACUCAUCCCUGGAAGAGGGUGAUGGCAGGAGAAACGAGGCGAAUUGGACACAACAAGCGCGACUUCAGCAGGACCGUGACACCCGUGGAGGAUCCCAACGCCGUCUCACAUUGGGACCCGACGCGCCACCACAAUAAGAGGAUAAAGUUGAAUGGCGCUCUUAGUAGUACGGGGACGCCAGCAGGUGGACACUACAAUGCGGCUAAGCCCUCCUCAAUGGGCCGGGGAGACGGAGGAGGGGGGCCCGAGGACGGCGACAGGCACAAGAGGGGCACAAAAGACGAGCAGAAGAAAGCCUCCAAGAGGGGGAGAAGCCGGCUGAACAAAAGCUUGGGGGUUUUGGCUCUGUCUCACGGGUCGCCGUGGGAACCCAUCCCCAAGCCGGUGGCCCUCACCUCCACCGACCUGCCCUUUGACCUCUUCACCAAGAGGACCGAGUUCUUCACUUUCAGGGAGGAGAACCCCUGGGACGCCACGCCGAUCACCCCUCCCAGCUCGCAGGAUUUCGGGGACGAGAUCAAGAACCCCUUUUACCCGGUGACAAGUGAGACGUACGGCGCUUACGCCAUCACCUGCGUCUCCGGGGUUAUUUUCCUGGUGGGGAUAGCCGGCAACAUUGCCAUCCUGUGCAUCGUGUGCCAGAACUAUUACAUGAAGAGCAUCUCCAACUCGCUGCUGGCCAAUUUGGCUGUCUGGGAUUUUGUGCUCAUCUUGUUCUGCCUGCCCAUGGUGGUCUUUCAUGAACUGACAAAGUCCUGGCUGCUGGGGGAAUUCACCUGCAAAGUGGUGCCCUAUGUGGAGGUGGCCUCUCUCGGCGUAACCACCUUCACUCUGUGCGCUCUGUGCAUCGACCGCUUCCGUGCGGCCACCAAUGUCCAGAUGUACUACGAGAUGAUCGAGAACUGCACCUCCACCACUGCUAAGCUAGCCGUCAUCUGGAUCGGCGCUCUCCUGUUGGCCCUCCCAGAGCUCCUCAUCAGACAGCUGGUGGUGGAGGACACAGGAGUCCCGGACGAGCCUCCUGUUGAACGCUGUAUUAUCAGGAUAUCCACCUCACUUCCCGACAUGCUCUACGUGCUGGGCUUGACCUACGAGGGCGCUCGGCUGUGGUGGUGCUUCGGCUGCUACUUUUGCCUCCCCACCCUCUUCACCAUCGGGUGCUCUUUGGUGACGGCGCGCAAGAUCCGGCGCGCAGAGCAGGCCAGCGUGCGCAGCAACAAGAAGCAGAUCCGACUGGAGAGCCAGAUGAACUGCACCGUUGUGGCGCUGGCGAUCGUCUACGGUGCGUGCGUGGUGCCCGAGAACAUCUGCAACAUAGUUUCGGCGUACAUGGCGGCAGGUGUUCCUGAGCACACCAUGUCUGUCCUCCAUCUCCUCUCCCAGCUGCUGCUCUUCUGCCGGGCCGCCGUGACGCCUGCGCUGCUGCUUCUCCUGUGUCGCCCGCUGGGCAGAGCCUUCCUGGACUGCUGCUGCUGCUGCUGCUGUAACCACGCUCCCUCCUCGGCCACCGCCAGUGACGAUAACGAACACGAGUGCACCACCGAGCUGGAGCUGUCGCCGUUCAGCACCAUCCGCAGGGAGCUGAGUAACUACACACCUGCUGGCUCCAACUGCUGAACAGACAUUCCUCAUCGGGGAUGAUUCCACUAGCCUGCUAUUAGCCUUUGGCAGACUAAGCUAGGAGAGAUUUGCCUUACCUAGUCUAGUCACGUUUUCAAAUGGGUGCAUGAAGGAAGUUGGACACUGAAUAAUCACAUUCAGCCAGUGUCCUCCAUCCUCAACUUUCAUUCCUUACAAUAAUUCUGUACACUUUACAGUAACUGAAUAACCCAGGAAUUCUAACAAAGAGCAAACUCUUCUUUCAUCCGUGCCCUGGUGUGCUCUUAACAUCUUAACGCAGGGUCAGUACAUCAUUUUAGCAAUCCUGCCUGAAACCUUUAAAACUGACAAACCUCCCUGCUGUAGACCUUGUAUGCCUAAAUAUCGUUGGACAGUUGGGAUGGCCUCUUGGCCGGUCUCAUGUCUGGUUCCACACAAGAAUUUGAAACAAGUUAGAUUCUUUAGAUUACAUAAAAAAAUAUUUCCCACAUGCCUUGUGCUAUGAGCGGCAGGUAAAGGUACUAUUCAUACUGUACAAUAAACACAUGGACAUGAUUGUACAGAAUAUGUCCCAAUAGUAUCCGUUGAAAUUAACAGAAUAGUUCAAGACGAUAAGUGGGUUUGGCCGCCAUAAAUAAUAUGUAUGUAUGGGAAACUGUACUGUACCUACAUCUUAAGGGAGAUAUAAUCAAUGCCAAUCACCUUCUAAAUGUGUCACGGUUGAAAUGAUGGGGACUAGGCUAGUUAAUCAUAGAGUGCAACCUUGUAUAAUAACUCAAGCAUCCAGCCGUACGUGUGGGCUGAUACAACCUAUAGAAAUACAGGACUCCACUUACAGACCACAGCCGCUGUAAAUGUACAGUAAAUGCAAUGCUGCACACAUUGGAACAAGGCUUAGGAUAAUUAAACUAUAGCGCAGGGCGUCUCUGCAGUAAUAUCAGUUUGCAAGAGGAAAACACAGAGAGGUCGGCGGAUUGGAGAAAAAAACAAAAUGUGCACACCAACACUUACACUGCAUAUUGUAAAAUAUCCAGGUGAUUUAAACAUAACUGGGCUGGUCUCAGAGAUAUACAUAAACACGGACCUUGAGUGGAAAUGAAAAGUUUUGAACGGACUAAUUGAAAUUAAAUUAGAGUUGAAUGGAAUCAAAUGAAACACUACAGAUUGAAUUGAAUGGAGAGAAUAUGAAUACAGUGGAAAGUAAUGGAACACAACACCGUGGAAUAUAAUGGAAAGUGAUGGACUCAGCGUGGACUGGACUGAAAAUAAAUAUCUGCACUACACUGUUGCAUCAUGUCACGCCUUACACUUUGGGCUGUAUAUAUAUAUCUACUGUACACUAUCUUUGGUGCUCUUAUGAUGAAUGCGCUGUAAACAACAAAUCCAUCUGGUCGACUUAGAUUCUCAAGUAAUUGAGCUGCACGCUAUUGUUUUGGGUCAAGGAGACAGAUUGCAGUUGUGUGUUGAAUACAUGAACAAUGGUGGGGUAAAAGAAUAAAUUUAAAAAAAAUCAAUGUAGAGUUUCACACAGCUGCCAUACAGACAGUUUGGAGAGAUUGCCUGAAUCGAGUGUAAAUACUGCCUUUAUUAGCGAGGAUGGUAACACUUUAUUUUACAGUACAGUAAUUACCAGGUCCUGAUAAAUGAAACGCUAAUUACCAUGUUAUAAACAUUGUAGAGACUUGAAUAGAUUCAAUAAUUAAGUUGUGUUUACAUAUUUGUAUUAUUACAUUGGUACAGAAAUAUGAUUACUGGUAGUUAUGAGAUGUAACAAAGUGCCAAUGCUGCAUUGUAACAACUGUAAGCAACUGUGCAACUGCUGGACUGUAAUUAUAAGUGGAAUUUAUAGUAAAUACAAAGUAGCUUUUUCAUUUUCAAGUUAUUUAUUUACAAUAACUGUAAUAACUGUAAAAUGAAGUGUUACCUCAAGUGUGUAAAUGAUCUCGAAGGCAAGACAACGAUUGACUCAUUUUAGCCUGUCCUUUAGCACGUAAUCAUGUAGCCAUCAAGUGCAUAUUUAAGACCCGUUUUCCAAAGUUUCCUUUUUGAAAUGAAGUCAGACAGAAAGAUUAAAUAGUCAGCCGGAGACAGAGCUUUCAAUCAACUAACACUGCAAAUGUAAGCUUAGUUGGCGAGCUAGUUGCAGCUAACAAAAUAUAGUUGAUAGUUGUCGAUAGUCGUUUUUUCAUCCGGUAAAAUCGACAGUCGCCAGCCGGCCAUCUGUGGCUGCUUUUGUCGACUUCUGUCAAUUUAAAUUUGUAAGUGGUAAAUCUGCCACCGUUAUCUGCAGGUGUAACAGUAACCUCAGGGGGCGUGGCUUUACGGAUGCUCAAUUUUACAGUGUUGUUUUUUGACCUCUAAUACCCUUUGCAGUUUCAUUACUUGAGUUUUUAAGGAGGACAAAAGAAAUGUUUUUUUCCCAGUGUAUAAAUUUACAAGUGUAUUGUACUGUAACUCUCUUUUCUUAAACCUACCGAUCACACCGGGGUCAAAACAAAGGUUCAAACCACUAUUACAACUUAAUGCGGUGCAGGUAAUUAAAGUCGUACUGAAAACUGAACUGCCUAAUAACCAUUUAACACAUAUGAUAUCAUGGCAGAGGAAAUGACGCUUGAAAGCCUUUAUUUUGCUUGUUUAACCGUCAUAAAAAAAUCCAAUAUCUUUUAAUGCUUAUGACAAAAAUGAAUGGUCGUGCACUCUGUAAUGACCCAGGUGUGAUGUUCAUUGGUAUUCUGUAUAUUGCGAUGAAUCUUUUGCAUACGAUUCUGCACUGCCAAACACCUAAUCUCUGUCUGUCUCUUGUGGUAGUAGCACACUAUCUCUGGGUGUCUCUCUCUCAGCGUGGAGGUCAGUUUGCCCUCAGCACCGUCAAUACAGGAAGUAGAAUUUUACUAAAAAAAAAAACAUAAAUCACAACAGGUUUGACAGCACCCAGGGCCAUACUAAAAAUAUACGCAUAGGGAAAAACUGUGGAUGAAGGGUGUUCCGUGCACACAGCUGGAAGCAGCAACCCUUUGGCUUUAAUGAACUACAGUUUAUGAGCACCAAGAGAUGCGGGUGGAUGUAGCCUCUGGUUGGCGCUGCCUUCAGUUCUUCGAGUUAAUAGAGGAAAUGGGCAGAAACAAAGCACCACUGCAACAUAAUGCCCUGCAGCCUGUUUGACAACUCUUUUUAUUACCAAGACUAUCAGGCUAUCGUGGGCCGAUGUGUAAACCUGUCCAGGGAGCUCAGUUUUUAACCAUUAAAUGACUAAGUGUUUUUUUUUUGUAUUUAGUUCAGUGAGCUUAAGUCUUUAUAUCCCACUUGUUGUUGUUGUUUGAUGUGACAAGUGUAAACUGACCUCCCGAAAUGUAUCCUCUUUCUCUGCAUCUUUUCUGGGAGUAUAGCUCAUUCUAAAUGGCUCAGUGUGUAGUAACGUGGUUCAAACUAUUGAUGAAGUGAUUCUUGUAAAUCAGUCAGUGAGACGUUUAUUCUGAAUUGUGUGAGUUUCCUCUUCACUCCGAGCAAAUUGUGUCUGUAUUUGAUACCUGAACGUGUAAGCACACAGCCACUGUUGUCUCUAAGUCUAGUCACUGGUUUCUAAAUAGCUUUUUAUAUAUAGCCAAAAAACUGUCCCUUUGUUUAUCAAAGAACUUUAUCUUGAAAACUGUAUAUUAAAAUCCUAAAUGUA